AUCAGUCAGCUGCUGCACGCCCCCAACAACGACAACACCCACCAGCAAAAAUCAACCCACUUAAUUAAGUAAUUGGCCACAGCAAUGGCCGAGGAGGAGGCGUGCAUGUACGCGCUGCAGCUGGCCGUGUCGUCGGUGCUGCCGAUGACGCUCAAGACUGUCAUCGAGCUCGGCAUCCUGGAGACCCUCGUGAGCGCCGGCAGGGAAGCGCCUCUGACGCCGGAGGAUCUGGCCGCGAAGCUGCCGGCCAAGGCCAACCCGGAGGCGGCGUCCAUGGUGGACCGCAUGCUCCGGGUGCUUGCCUCCUUCAACGUCGUGUCGUGCGUCGUGGAAGAGGCGAAAGACGGCAGCCUCUCCCGCCGGUACGGCCCCGCGCCCGUGUGCAAGUGGCUCACCCCCAACGAGGACGGCGUCUCCAUGGCCGCCUUCGCCCUCGCCGCCCAGGACAAGGUCCACAUGGCCACCUGGCCUUACAUGAAGGACGCGGUCCUGGAAGGCGGUGACCCGUUCACGAAGGCGUUGGGGAUGUCGUGGUUCGAGUACGCCGGCGCCGACACGCGCUUCAACCGCAUGUACAACGAGGCCAUGACGCACCACUCGGGCAUCAUCACCAAGAAGUUCCUCGAGCUCUACACGGGCUUGGACGGCAUCGGCACGCUCAUCGACGUCGGCGGCGGCAUCGGGGCCACCAUCCACGCCGUCACCUCCAAGUACCCGACCAUCAAGGGGAUCAACUACGACCUGCCCCACGUCAUCGCCGACGCGCCGGCCUACCCCGGCGGGCGCGUGCAGCACGUCGGCGGGAACAUGUUCGAGAAGGUGCCCUCGGGCGCCGACGCCAUCCUCAUGAAGUGGAUCCUCAACUGCUUUAGGGACGAGGAGUGCGCGACGCUCCUCAAGAACUGCUACGACGCAUUGCCGGCACAUGGCAAGGUGAUCAACGUGGAGUGCAUCCUGCCGGUGAACCCGGACGAGACGCCCAGUGCGAGGGGCUUGAUCCAGAUCGACAUGAGCCUGCUGGCGUAUAGCCCUGGUGGCAAGGAGAGGUACCUGAGAGAGUUGGAGAAGCUCGCCAAGGGCGCUGGGUUUGCCGCCGUCAAGGCCACCUACAUCUAUGCAAACUUCUGGGCCAUCGAGUACACCAAGUAGCUAUUGACGCCAUAUCUAGUUGCUGCUGCUCGCUGCUAGCUGCGACCUGCCAUUGCAUCUAGUUUGUCUUUACCAAGUUAAUUUUCCUUUAGUCCCCCGGUCUACGCUUGAAUAAAUUAAACGAGAACGAGCAAGGCAAACUCUUAUUUACUAGCUCCCGUAUAUACCGGUGGGUUUUCAGCCGUCGGAUUUGCAAGAGAUCCAUGCCCCAGAGCAGAUCACGUGCGGGGGAACCGGUUGGCGCGUAUCUCGGAGCGAGUUCCGACGGCCGAAAAACCGCUGGUAUAUACCGGAGCCGUAAGUAAGCUAGCCGCCUUUUGAAAGAGCAACAACAGUUAAGAGGGAAGAAAAACAUGGUUCAUCGUC